AUGACUUCUGUAGUUCUGGUUACUGGAGCUAGCGGCCUCCUGGGACGACAGGUCUUCAGCACCUUCCAGCACUCGGGCGUUCUUGUGGUCGGACAAGGAUACUCGCGUGCUGCCCCGCCAACCAUUCUCAAGGCGGAUCUUGAGAAGUCAGAGGAUAUCAAGUCCCUUUUGGACGAUGUGAAGCCCCAUAUUGUGAUUCAUUGUGCGGCAAACAGAUCUCCAGACCUGUGCGACAAGAACCCGGAGCAGGCGCGUAAUCUUAACGUCAAUGCUGCUCGUGCUCUCGCCGAAGAAUGCCACACCCGCGGCGCGUUCCUCGUCUACAUCUCCACCGACUACGUCUUCCCCGGAAAGGAGGGCGACGCCCCUUAUGAGGCCGAUGCGAAGACCGAACCGCCUAACCUGUACGGCCAGCUGAAGCGCGAUGGGGAGGUGGCAGUGCUCGAGGCGACCCGUGAGAGCGGACUGGGCGUCGUGUUGCGAGUCCCCGUGCUGUACGGAUCGGCCAAGGAGAACUCCGAGAGCGCAGUCAAUUGUCUUGUGGAUGCGGUGAUGAAAUCGCAGGAUGCCAAUGCCGGUGUGAAGAUGGACGACUGGGCGCUGCGGUACCCCACCAACACCGAGGACGUGGCCCGCGUGUGCCGAGACAUCGUGAUCAAGUACUUGAGAGAGAAGGCGCACCUGAAGGAGAUGCCAAAGAUUCUGCAGUUCAGUUCCGAGGACCGCAUGACCAAGUAUGAGAUCUGUGAGAAGUUGGCUCAGGUGCUUUCCGUGCCUUUGCCCGGUAUGAUUCGCAACAAGCAGGGGAAUGAUCCCAAUGCCGGUGUGCAGCGGCCCUAUGAUACGCACCUCUCCACGAAGGUGCUCAAGGACCUGGGCAUUGAUGUGCGGACCAUGGACUUUGUGGCCUGGUGGCGGAGAGAGCUGGGGGCAUACAAGAAAUAG